AUUUGCACAAGAUCGUUCAGCGAUAGCAAAGGCAGAAAAUAAAUUACGGUAUGCAUCAGGUAAUUUCUAUAUUAAUGAUAAGGCUACAGGUGCUAUAGUGGGUCAACAACCUUUUGGUGGUGCUCGUGGAUCUGGAACAAAUGAUAAAGCUGGAAGUCUCACUUUG